GCCUGACAUCGCUGGGCCGAAAAAGGGAACGAGAACGGAAAAGAACGAGAACGAAAAAGAAACAAAGAGACAAGGACUCCUCAUGCGCGUUGCUUUCGUUUGAUUGUGCAAGAACGUUUGCCAGGAUGUAAAUGAUCUGUACUUCAAGCUACUUUUGACUAUCGACUUUUGUUUUAACAGUUCUUCUCCCACAGAUCUGAAUCUUUGUCCUUCUUUUCCUCGUCGUCCUCUUGUUGGUUUUCUUUAUUGUUAUCGUUUGUCUCUUUGUUUCUUUUGUGUUCGUCGUUUUCGUCUGCUUUCAAAGCAGUGAGGGAAGUUGCAGAGAGAAGCAGUGAGCGUCUUGACAUUGCACGCAGUUUUCCGUUCACAUAUUACCAUCGAAAUGAAAUUACGGGCUCUAUAGACUAUAACUAUGCCCACCGUCAAACUCCCAGAAGUUUCUCGUUCUCACCCUCGCACCCGCCCGUCACACUAAAGUGACAGGUUAACGUAAGAGUCCCGGACGCUGUGCCUUAGGAUCGCCGCAUACACCUAUGCACAAGAUGACACCGCAGGAUUCACCAUACAUACCCACUCGUACCAGUAUCCGUCCAUGCACUAGAGUCCUCCACAGCUGUUAACAAGUGGCUCGGUCUGCGCAUGCGGGUGGUCAGGUAGGUAGGUGUGUGUGUGUGUGUGUGUGUGUGUGUGUGUGAGAGAGAGAGAGAGAGAGAGAGAGAGAGAGAGGAUGGAUAAGGACGCUCGCGCCCACGCGAUCGUCACUCAAUGGGAGUCUCGUUCCACACCACUACAGAAUACUCGAGUUUUCGAGGGCGCCCUUGAAAAAAAAAAGAAGUGAUAUUGCUUCGUGGGUCGUGGUUCCCUAUGGUGGCACUUGUUCAAUGGGGAGCCUGCCUUGCUCCGUGGCGGUGUGAGUACGACCGGAUGCAUCCUCGGCUAUAUGCUGCAAUUCGUGGCUUGUGGUUCCCUAUGGCGGUUGUGAUCAGGAUGGUGACGGCGCCCUCUUUGAUGUGCGGCAGAAGCGAACACGUGGAGUGCUGGAGAGGCAGAAGCGAACACGUGGAGUGCUGGAGAGGGAGUUCUGGACGUUAAAAGGCACGUGGAGGUUGUUCCUUCGUCAUCACAAGACAAAUAUCAAGGGCACGUGG